AUGUGUUUUGCACGCCGAGCCACCGUUUGUCGAAGCGCUGAUGAAUCCUCUGAGCGGAUGGAUCGGCAGUUCGAUGCAGAUACAGCAGCAGUUUGUGAUGGAGUUGUAUGCCUUCGUCUAGAAGCCUCGUCGGAAGCAGCUAUGCAGUUCUCAGCGGUGUAUGUCCUUCUCUCCGUGCCAUGUGUCUACAUCAUUGCACCAUCCGGGAAGGCUGUUGAUGUGAAAUUGGGUGGUGUCGAAAAGAAAGAGCUGCGUGACUGGAUUGCAAAACACACGAAGGAUAAGUUUGUGGCAUCUUGCUCAACAGAAACCACCAAAGAGCCCACUGUCUGUAGAAAUGAUGAAGACCACCAGGAGCAAGCACAAACCAGUCAGUCUGAUCCAGCUCCUUUGGAUCAACGUGUGAGUGCGGCCUACCAAUUAAUGGAAGAGAAACGUCGAGCGCGCUUGGAAGAAGAGCGAGAAAAUGCUCGCAUUGCUGAAAUCAAACGCCGCGAGCUUGGCAAAACGAUGCAAGACUUUCGCGAACGCCAGCGUGCUCGUGAGGUAGAAGAAGCCAUGGCAGAACGACGGAAGGAAGAGGCGGAAGCACGCAUACUGCGCGAACGUCUUCGACAGCAGAUCGAGGAGGACAGACGAGCGUUUCAAGAGCGGUCACAAGGCACCACAAACCAAGUUCCAACCGAUUCUGCACCUACAAUCACUGAAAGUGUCUCCAGACAGCGGAUUGUGCCGACUGGUGAAAAUGAUCUUGCCCGCCUGCAAUUUCGGAUGAUCGGGGGUGGUCACAUUAUCGGCCGUUUCACACCCACUUCCAAUUUGGCAUCGGAUGUGCGUAACUGGCUUCAACAAGCGAUCACCAUCGAUGCUCAAGACGCAGACGGCGCUGGCGAAUAUCCGACCGUCGACGAGAACACCCGUAAAAAACUUAGCAGUUUGAUAUUACAAGGAUAUCGUUUUCGGCAGCUCCAUCCACCCAAACUUUUCGAACCUGAAGAAGAAGUGAACACAAUGACUGAGCUUGGACUUUUCCCAUCCGCGGUCCUGAUGCUUGUUCCCACUGGUGGUCGUUCGACAUCGGCAAUUCAGCCGGCAUAUGGCAGCUGGACUUCAACACUUUAUGGAUUCGUUUCUGGCGCCUUGGGAACCCUGUACUCUUACACCGGUUGGCUUCUCGGUGGUAUUUAUUCUGUCGGAUCCGGCUUUGUCUCCAGCAUAUCACCCAGCCACACAACCAGACAGCGACAAUCCCCAGAGAGCACUUCAUCGCCGGGCCCAACAUCAUCCGGGUCGUCCAAAUCCAGGGAGAAUCGUGCAAUACGUCGUCAGGUCAUUUUUAUUGCAGAUUCUGUGACGAAUCAAAAGCCUGUUUUCAAUUCCAAUAACAGAACGCGGGAACUGGAGAUAACCCAGUGGUUAAAGAGUAAACUUGCUGACUGGAAGGUCUGUGCUUCAAAUCCAACCAUGGCAUCCCGAUUGUUUAACUCUAGGCUCGGGCAACCUGGCAGUAUGUUAGCCUUUGGGCAGUCGUGCAGCAAAAUGGUGCUACAGCUGAACGGUUGGAUUAUUUCUUACUAUCGAAACGUGAAAUCGGAUAUGAACUGA